UGGUUGUGGUUGGGGUUCUCACCCUUGCGGUAUUCCAAAUGGCGGCCCCUUUGANUUACGGCAGCGGUGGUUGUGGUUGGGGUUCUCACCCUUGCGGUAUUCCAAAUGGCGGCCCCUUUGAGAUGCUUUACAUGUGGCGGGGAAGGGCAUUUUUCUCGAGAAUGCCCUUCGAAUAACCGCUCACAGCAAGCUUCGAAUGCAUCUAACACGGGCAGGACCCCUUUCACGCCUAGAACCUGGACCCCUAGGAGGAAUCCGGAUGAUGGUGAAGAGAAGGAGUUCAUUCGUCAGUUGAUGCAAGAAAGAAAGGAUCAGGAGACGAUGCGCAAGGAGGUGGAGGAGAGGAAGAGAUUCCAGGAUCAAGUUCGGGCGGAGACGGUCCGACACGCGGAAGCUACCAAGGCCGAACUGAUGGCGAUAUUCGGCAGCCAGUUUCUCAUAUGCAGGGAGGAAGCUCGGCGGGAGCAGCAGCGUACCCCGGUUCCUGCGACUCCAAGGAGAAAGGAGAUGAGAUGGGAUGAUGAUACUGACAAAGACGUCGAUGAGAUAGAGGAUGAAAUCCAGCGCCUCUCUGCAUUAAAAGAGAGGAAGAGGAGGGGUAAGACCCCUAUACGGGAGGAUGCACGUAUGAGACAACCAGCCUUUGGCCAAGCGGACGGAAGCGACGUUUUCCGUGCAGAAUGCUCCAAGCGGGGGGAAGAGAGGACGAAGAUCCCCGCUGGCAGUGGACCGGAGGGACUAUUGCAGUACGUUUUGGAGCAACGAGCGGAACUGAUCGCUCUGAAGCCUGAGGCUUUACGUAAGAUUUGCACGAAGGAAGGGGUGCAUUACUGCACUAAGGGACCCACGAUUGAUCGUAUUAUCUCAGCACGUGUCAAAGCCGCCUAUGAAGGUUUCGUGUUUACGCCCGCUCCUCCUCCUUCUCAUCAUCGUCUUCGAGUAUUACUGGAUAAGUGUUGAACUCGCAUCAUCGAUGGUCAUAAUGACAGGGCAAUUUGCUCGAUCAGUGCACAGGUUGCGUCCUCCACCAACCAAAAGGAGGCGGCAACAGGUGAGAGCACUGUGGCUGAGAUUGGGAAGUCUUGCUUCUAUAGGGAUAAUACUCUCAUGCGAGGUGCUCUAGUGGACAAGACUGGGAAACGGCAUCCCCCAAAAGACCCCUUUGUGACAAUAAGAGAAUUGCAGCCUUCAACUAUGGGCAAGGUAGAGUCGGCUUCUGUCGAUGGGGAUCUUACGGAUGAGACGACACUGCUCAAAACCGCUCCAGUUUCGUCAAAUUCUCAGCCUGCCUGCAUCAAGCCAAGCACCCGGUCAUCACAGGCUGUUCUCCGAACUGGUAUAAAAGUGGACUCUUCACAUUCCGGGGUGCUGGUUUCUGCUGCUAUAAACAGUGGAGGGGUGUCGUCCUCAGCAUCUGCAGUCACAGAAUGCGGGCAUCAGGAUCAGAAAAAGCAAGACCACUCUGGCAAUUGGUGUCCUCCUGAGUGUGCAGAUUACUGUAAGACCUUUUGUGAUUGUGUCCCAACUGCAGACUGUAAUGAUCAGGUUAGUGCAUUACCUCUUGUUCCAGAUGAGGGAACAAACUGCAACCUUCUGGUACAUAUAUCAAGCGGGGAGUGGGGAAAGGAAGAUCGAAUACAAGGUCAGGUCGGGCUUUCAAACCAGAGGCUGCUGGCGGAGGAUUGCAACCACUUGGCAUUUGGCGGGCGCAUCAACGGGCUUGAGUCAACUUGUGCGGAUGGGGUUGAGACAGCCGCAGAACUAGGGAAAGAAGACAUGGACCUAGCCAGAUGUGGUCUGGCUGGUCCUGGACCAGUGAAGACAUUGCCAAGGAAAGGAUUUGGACUCAAAGAACAUCAGGAUGCUGAGCGUGAAAAGGAGCCUACGACAGCGUCGUACGUGAUUCCAAAUGCAAAGAAGGUUGCUGUAAAACUGAUCACAUGUAGUGAGAAAACUGAGGGUAGGCUGCAAGCUGAUAAGAGCGAGGGAGCAGGAUGCUCGUUGUUGGCUAGGCAUGGGGCUGCAGUAAAGUCGACUGCAUCUUGCAUUGAAGACCAGAGACACCGUCUUGAUGAAGUGCCCAAUUUGCCAGUCCUUCAAGCUCGUAAUCUGGUUGUGAAGAAUCCACCGUUUUUCUGUGGGUGCCGUGGGGGACCAGGUCCAUCUCCCAGGCAGUUAAUCAAUACAUUCUCUGGGACCAGUGGCAACCAUAAUAUUGGUGGUAAUGAUGAUACAGCUGUAACAGCUCCACUAUCAGGAUUCUCAAGAGCAUCGGCUGCAGAAGAAUUUCUGGACGUCUCACAGGGCUCAGACUCCACGUGGAGUAUGAGGAGCUGUCUCCAAAGAAAUCUGGCUCGCAAGGAUGUGCAGGUACCUUGUUUGUGUCAUGUAGAAGGAGCUGGGGCAGCCACCUCUUUGCAGUUUCCAGACGGAGUGACCCUAUCUGCCAUGACCAAACCCUGUUGUCAGCAUGCUCGGGAUGAGACAGCUUCGGCUAUGGGCUUUGGACCUGCAGGGAUAAAAAACCAGGAAUUUUCAGGGCCGCCUUCGAGGAUGCGGUGUCACAUGGUUUGGACACCUUCAGAGACGAAGAGUGAGAUGCUUUCUACAAGUUUAGGGGGUCAAAGUCAGAUGAUUUCGGCACCCUUGGAUCGGCAACGCCACAACACUGACAAAAAUGGGAACAUGAGCUACACAGAUGAUCUGACAAAUAGGGUCCACGCACCGGGCUGCUCGUUGGUGGCACCACCAUCAUCACAUCGCGAGUGUCGUCUGAAGAGCAUCAGCCAUGGAAGCGUUGUUUUGCCUAAUUGGUCAGUUCAUGCAUGUCAGCACACAAGCGACGGCCAAAGGGAGAGAAAUCUCGCUUUGUUUGCGGCCGGUUCUGCUCCAUCUGCUGGAGAAGUGUCCAGCCUGCUGCCUUCGCCGAAGCAGUUGAAGGACCAUGAGCUGUUAGAUCGGUUUGGCACCGAUCGUCGAUCGGCCGGCUUAUCAUGCCACAAUGAGCGAUCGGCAAACAGAAGUGACGCUCUGUCAUGCCCUCUCAAGGAGCAUCAGUCAUCUCCUGCGAAGGGCGAUUUUUAUAAGCUUAAAAAGCACAUAGACAUUCCGCUUAUCAUGAUUAACGUAGACGAGGAAGCAACGAAGAAACCUGUGCAGCACAAUGAUUCCGCUGCGGCUGUGGCUGCUGCAAUGAAUGUGUGCCCACAGGAGUGCAUGUCCUCUGUGCUUGAUCAUGAUGAUUUUGAAGAGGGGCUGCGCUGGUUGAGUGCAGUCGACGUAGGAGAUAUUCACUGGAGCCCGUUCUCACCUGGUCCUGCUGCAACCUGUGGCUUGCAGUCGCUGCAAUCAGGGCAGAAACGGGCUAUGCCGGGAAAGGCUGACCGAUCUCUAUUUUGUUCAAGAUCCGCUCAUGAGAUGUCAGCGUCUACUGCAGCUGCCGCUGCUGACCGGUCCCCAGAUGACUGCAGCCAGGCCGAAGGCUCCAUUGACUCCUUUUGUCCAGUCUUGCUGAAUAAAAGUAGUACCUGCAAGUCAGCUUGGUCAGGAGCAGAUCAGAGCAAGGCUGAGAAAGUUGAUAACAACAGAAAAUCAAGGUCAGGGCAAACAGCUUGCAAGGAAAACUCGAAUGUAUGCAAUGGCAGGGCCCGCGGCCCUGUUGAUGACAGAGGAAGAAGGCACGUGAAUGCUUCUGGUUGUUCUGAGACACCAUUGGCAGGCCCUUUCACCAAGGCUGCAGAGAAGAGUCAUGCCGCAAUUGCUAGAUUGAGUGCUGAAUCAGAUGUAUUACUAAAGCCAAAACGAGCCAGAGGUCUCCGUGACAAACAGAGCAAGACGGGUGGAGUACCUCUCCCUUCUGCGGAUCAUGCAUCAGGUGGGAGGGCACUCGACGUCCAGGGAAAAACGGACAAUGUGCAGAUCAAGCAGAAGCCAUCUGAGUUUGUGAGGUCCGAAUCAGCCACAUUGAGUGUACGUGUUAACACUGUUAAGGCGGUCACCACGGGCCCUGAAAAGGGUGAAGUUCCAGAUGCUCCACAGCGUACCAAAGUGGGAGCAAGAACCUCGCUUGCAACUGGUCAAGGUAUGCCUGGUGCCUCCCCACUAGGCUUUGAUGCCACAUGUCAGAUAGAAAAUGGAGAACAGGUAGACGCCUCUGAGCCCCUUGGGACGCCGCAAACUGUACCCCCAUCCAAUCAAGAUCAUGGCUCAUCUGUUGCAGGGGGUAAGGGUCCCUUAGUCAUCUCUUCAGCCAAGAGGUGGCGGACAAAGAUGGUAAAACGGUCAGCAGCAACAGCUGCCGGAUGCUCUCGUUCUGGUCUACCUCCUCUCCCUCCCAAGAGUGCAACAUUGGCCAGCGGAGGAAACAACUCUGCACAAGGACCAGUUGAACGUGUUUGUGGGUCGGAAGCAGCAGCCUCCAAGCAACUCAAAGAAAGCAUUAAUGGUGGCGAUUGGGGGGGAGAGAGGAUGUACACAGGGAAAGGUGCUAAGCAGGCAUUGAAUGCGCAGAUUCUGAAGAGGGGUGCCCGGUCUCCUGAGUCGGCGCAAGUGAUGGAAUCAACCAGACCGCCACCCUGUUCCUCAACUGCUGAUGUGGUUACUACAAGGCUCCGUAAAACGAGGAAAUUUAACCCUCCACAGGCUAUUCCAUGUAGUGCGAAUGGGCCAUCCAGAGCUCUACCAGUUGCGGAUCCAGAGGCAUCAGCAGGCAGUAUGCAGGUGGCUUUAAUGAUGAAGUGGCAGCAGCAAGGCGUGAAUGCUGUGACGAACUUCCCGGCGAAGGAGUACACACAACAGUUGAAGCAGUAUGAGCACGUUGGGGAGGAGGAGCUGGUGGCGAUGCUACGGCGAGAGAGCAGUGCAUUCUCAAGGGGGAAAUCACGUUAUAGGGGUGUGUCUGGACAAAACAAGAGAUGGGAGGCAAGAAUUGGGUCCUAUUUUGGGCGGAAGAAUGUGUCCUUUGGUGUGUACCUGACAGAGGAGGAGGCUGCGCACCAUUAUGACCGGGCGUUGAUCGUUCAGAAGGGAAUCAAUGCAAAAACCAAUUUUCCAAUUGCAGAAUACAUACAGGAGUUCACAGAGAGUGAGAAGUCAAGGGUUAGCCCCUCUUCCUUAUGACCCUAUCCUCCCUCCCAGGACCUUCCUGGCAUCCCUUUUUGUUUUUGUUUCUGUUUUCGCAAUGAUUAUCCUGUUUCACACCUGCUUGAGGAGGUGAUAAGAGCAGACACCUUGAGCAGGCCAUCUGCUGGUGCUGCAAUCUGUUGGUGGGGAGCUGCAUCGGCAGGAAACAGGGUCUAGCAUCCCUUAUACAUCAUGAUUGCCAUGUGUGGCUGGGAGCCAGCAUCUGUGCUUGUUUUUCUUCAACUUUCUGUACAGUAAAAGGGCCUUUACCCG